AGGCGCGGAUGAACGAGAGUUGCUACCUCAACGAUCAACAGCAUCGUCAUUCUCCGGUUCGCCGGACCCCGUGCUUUGUGUGACCGAAACAAUUGGGUGCCGUGACAGAGUGUUCGUUUUCGAUUGUGUCGAACAAACUGCGUUUGGUUCUACGCCGCCACAAGUGCCCUUUCGUACCCUGCCGUGUCACGAAUACAGGCUCGUCCCGGAUUGCAUCUCAUUCCGUAUGCUGCGCGGAUGAUUAUCGGCUCCGGGAAGCACACACCAUACUCGCUGCAGCACCUGCAUCAGUGCAACCGCGACAGCGGAACGUAGUGAAUCGUGCCACUUUCAGAAACAGGCCGCGCGGUAGGUGCUGGUGAACGCAACGCGACGACGACAUGAUGCACAUGACAUUCUGGUGGGGUUCGAACGUGGGCGAUGUCUUCUUCAAAGGGCUGACCGUUAACGGGACCGGCGCAAUGGUUGCCCUCUGUAUGACGCUUACCGCACUGUCCAUCGCCUACGAGGCGUUUAAGAUCCAUGGCGCCAAAGUGCGCGCACGGACGGCCCGGGAACGUGUCCGUGCCGCAUCCUGUCCACCGAGCGAAAGUGCCACGCUCCUAUCGCUCGAAGGGGCCACCGGUAAUGGGCCCCGUAUGACCGGACCGUUGUCGAAAAAGAUUGGCACGCUCCUAGCGGAAGCGAUCGUCUUUCUGUUCCACAGCAUGCUCGGCUACGCUCUGAUGCUGACGGUCAUGAUCUACAAUGGCUACCUUUUCGUGGCCGUCGUUGGAGGCAUGGGCCUCGGGUACUUCCUGUUCGGGCACCUGUCGAUGAAGGUGAACAUGGAGAACUUCCAAGCGCACCAGAACAAGGUGAUCUGCACGGCGCGCUGUCUUCAGCAAGCCGAAAGUUGCGCCAUGAGCCACUCUACGCCCUGUCCUUCCUCUCGUACUUCCCGAUCCAAUUAUCAAACCCUGCACUAAUACUCGGCCUCCAAACACUUUCCGAUUCACACUCAUCCAUCCGCAUUGGUCCGCUGAAUAAGGAUGUACCUCGCGUGUGGAGCCUUCCCUCCCGUGUUCGUUUCUCCCGCUCCCUAGCACCGAUGGCCCGCGAUGUGCGCGCGUUUUGUGUUCUGUAGCUUUGUGCCUGACCGCUGCUGCUGCUCGUUUCAGAAUCUAUAAACCCCUCCGCGUCCACUAGCCGUGACGAUCGUGCUGGAACAUCGAUUAGCGCUACUCCGAGCUCGGCUGAUGGGCCAUCGAACAGUACCGCGACAGCUUGCCACUAAAGGUUUCCUGUGAGUUCCUGCGAGCCAAUCGAUCAUAAGCAAUGUGGCAGCCUUGCCGGGGCGAGGACCCAAGCACAAAGCAAAACGCUACUCGAACUGUGAUUUUCCUGCGACACUCUACCGGGGUGCGGUGGUUUUCGCUCGGUGGUUAUUUUACAAGUGCUAGACCGGUUCGAUAGAAAGAUUAGUUGUGCCAAGAACGCUCUGCUCUGAGAAUGUUGACAAUAUUUAAAAGCAAACCACAGAGUGCUAUCUGUACGUACCACCAUUUGAUAGGUUUCCAUCUACUACCAUAUUCUUUUGUGAUAUUUUGUUUGUUUGUCCGAUUGUGCGACGUUUGCGGACGCGCCUUUAUUGAUGAACUGUUAUACAUCCUUUUUGAAUAAACCAAGAUUAUAA